GCUCUCGGGAUUGCUGAAUAUGUGGUUCCUGUUCUCCGCACAUCCAAAUUUCGUGAGACCGGUGUCAUCACACCCGGGGAGUUCGUGGCCGCUGGUGACUUCUUGGUCCAUCACUGUCCCACAUGGCAAUGGGCUGUCGGUGAUAAAGCUGUUAAGAGUUACCUCCCGUCAGAUAAACAAUUUCUCGUUACACGCAAUGUGCCCUGUUAUAAACGUGUUCGUCAAGUAGACAAUCACAACGAAGAUCUCGAAAAAGUUAUCGAAGAUGAUGAAAUCGGCGGUGAAUGGGUUGAUACUCAUCACUAUGCCUCACAGUCCGCCUAUGGUUAUUAUAAGCCAGUUUCCAGCAGUCGCAUCGCGUCUAGAAGCACGAGGGACGCACCGUUCUUGUGUUCGGCUGUCAUACAUCACCAUGCUACCACGGGGAAAAUAAAAGGAUAA